AAGGCUUACAUCACUAUAGUAUCAUGCAGAGACAACAAAUUUAGAUCACCUUCUUCCUUUUUCAGUUAUCACCGCUUGUUCUCAUCUUCAAAUGCAAUCAUCACCCUAUCUAUAUUAUCUCCAUUUCCACAAGCCACUACACGCUAUAAAUGCCCCCCAUGAUCGAUCUCCUUCAACUUCAUCUCAAACACAUUCACUCUCGUUCGAUCACCAAAUAAAUCAAAGCACUUCCAAUCUCCAUCAAAUGGCUCCAAAGGCAUCGCUCUCUGCAUUUGCUUUCCUAUUCCUUGCCAUGGCUCAUCUCGUGGUCCAGCCAUCUCAGGCAAUCAACUGUGUCGACGUCGACGUGGCUCUUCGCCAGUGCGUGCCUUAUAUUACGGGCCAAGCACCGAAUCCUGCCAAAGGAUGCUGCGAUGGAAUUGGACACAUCAAGAGCAUUGCGACGACCAAGGCGGAUCGACAGGCUGCGUGUGGAUGCAUGAAGGCUGCGGCGUCACACCUCCCCGGGAUUGUCGACAGUGCCGUGACCGCGUUGCCGGCUAAGUGCAAUGUUCCGUUGCCUUACCCCAUCUCUGCUUCCGUUGAUUGCUCCAAGAUCCAGUAAUCUAAGAAGACGUUAGAGAGAAUAAAAGCAGGGAAUGGCAGUUCAAGCUCCCAUGCGUUUUUGAGUGUUUUCCUCUUCGAAGAGUGACUAGUAUUAAAAAUAAGUGUACUUGCGGAGAUAUUCCACAUGAAUUAUGGAGCUGAGAACGUUUUCGCUUUUAGCUACGUACGAUGUAAUAAAACAAUGUACACAAUAGAAGAGAGUGGUUAAAAUUAGAGGUGUUGUUUCCAUCUCUGUGCGGUAUGUAUCUUUUCUCAUCAUAUUGUGAUAGUAAUUUAUUAUGUCACGGGAGCUUCCUC